AAAUGUUUUGCUUCGUCUACCGGGGUACUGCACAGGUGACAUCUCUGCAUGCUGAAACGUUUGUCCAAGCUGCUAACGUAACCUUUAUCAGAAAAUGACUCUGUAGGAGCAGCGACACGUUUAUUUCACACGCCUGAGUUAUUUAGUUAUAAGCUUCAGCCAGUAAACCAGCCUCAGCAUCAGCAGUGUCGACGAUGGCUGCAGUUGACAGCUUUCAGUUUUUGUAUAGAGAAAUGUCUCGAUCAUGCAAUCCUUACUUCCAAGCCCUGGCCCUGGUCGGUACUCUUUACACGGCCAGGAGGGUGGUAAUCCUGCUGAGAGACUGCUGCACGUUGGUCAGAGUGCAUUUCCUGCCAAGAAUUAUCCCCAGUAAGAAGCUCACUCAAAGAUUUGGAGACUGGGCUGUCGUUUAUGGUGCAGCAGAGCCUGUAGCCAAAGCCUAUGCAGAGGAGCUGGCCAGGCAUGGAGUCAGCAUUAUCUUUGUCACUCAGGACCCAACCUCUGUUAGAGAAAUCGCUGCAACCCUCUCCCAAAGCUACGGAGUGGAAACUGUUGUCAUACUAGCUGACUUCUCUUUGAACCAGGCAGCCAGCAACUCCAUCAAAGAAGCCAUGAGGGGGAAAGAUAUCGGCUUCCUGGUGAACUGUGUGGAGUCUGUGGAUUUCCCCCAGAGCCUGAUCGAAAUGCCUGAGCAGAGCCUGUUGGAUUUGGUGAAUAGGAACGUUGCGGUCGCUACUCUGAUGACCCGGUUGGUGCUGCCAGGGAUGCUGGAGCGCAGCAGAGGAGCUGUGGUCAAUAUAUCAUCGGGUGCUUGCUCCAAACCCCUGCCUGGAAGAGUGACCCUCACUGCCUCCACCGGCUACAUGGAUCAUUUCUCAAGAGCUCUUCACCUCGAGUACAGCGGCAAAGGGAUCUUCAUCCAAAGUCUGACUCCUUUCCAGAUAGCCUCGAGUGAGCGACAACCAUCCUCGUCAUCAUCAUCAAUACCGGGCUGGUUUGUACCAAAGCCAGAGGUUUAUGCCCACCACGCCGUCUCCACUCUGGGUGUCUCUAAUAGGACCACCGGCUACUGGCCUCACACACUGCAGUAUGGACUGAUGGCCCGUAUUCCAGAGUGGAUUUGGGUUCUCGGGUCACGUGUGCUCAUCAGUUAAGAGCUAACCUCUCCUCACCUCACUAAAGACUUAACCCAGUUACUGGAACUUCUUGUUAUCGGAGUCAUGUAGAGUUUUAGUUUCUUCAGCCACAAGGUUAAAUGUUUUCAACUUUCAGGCUAAGGUUGUUGGCUAAGAUAUUUUCUUUUAUUUAUUUGGUGUCAAUUUCAAGUGGAGCUGCAGUGGAAUUAUUCUGAAAUAAUGAAUGGAUAUACAUAUAUUGCUCUUGUGAUCUGACCAAUCUGUGACAUCUUAAAUUGCCUAUACAUGUCUUAGUGAUGGCCAGACAUGAGGCUGGAAACUGGGAUGGACUUUGAGUUAGGAUUGUAAAAAUGUAUAACACAAUCUGGCAUCAUUUAGUUUGGUGCUUGGACUUAAACAUGAUCCUCCAUCUAGUUUCAACACUUUAAAACUGUUAAAAUAUUUAAAAUCAACAUGAAUUAUAGAGGCGUGGUAAAUGUAAAACUGAAAGUACAAUUAUUUUAUUUUUCUAUGUAUUUAAAAAGUUACGCACUGAAAUACUUAUUUCUAGCGAAAUAGAGUUCAGUAUUAAAGUGUAGGUGAGGUCAAACGCCUCACCUCAGAUGUUACAAAUAAAAAGACAGUCAGAAGAAAGCAAUAAUAAAGCAGUCUGCAACCAUAAAAUAAGAACAAAUUCAUUAUUGAUAUGCGAGACCUUCUAACAUCUGCAUUAACCUGUAUUGUGGAUUGUGUUAUUUAGGCUUUGAUGUUAUCUGCGUCUUUUGAAAAACUCCUGCUACUACUGCUAGUCCACUGCUUUUUACCCGCACUGACCACACCUACAGUAUAUGGCACACAUAUAAACAGUAAAUGGUAUUCUCCCCAAAACCAAACCCAACAUCAUUCAACUUUGAAGGCAGAAUGAGUAGGGUUUGGUAGUUGGCCACUCUUCCAUGGCUGUACAUGUGUUUUUUCUGCUUUGUGCCCACCUUCUUUGUAGCCUCCUCAUAGAUGCGUGUUUACUAUCUGGAACCUGGAUUGCUAUGUUUUUAUUGAGGUUGACACCCAGAAACUUCCAGAGCACACAAAAUUAAAACAGAGGAGAAAGUACAGGCAGAGGGCAUGGUCCAUGCAGAUACAGACACACCCACACUACAUCGUGGGUCUAUACAUUGUUUUUAAGGAAAAUCAUACACAUUGUUCAUUCAAAGACACAGAUUUAUAUCAUAAUGUACAUGCAAGUGUUUAUCGUGAAUACAUUUAUGGUUGUGAAUGAGAAUGAUAGCAUUAAGUGUCAUUGCUCAGAGUACAACAUUCAAGCAUCUCCAGGAGUGAAUUUGAAACAUGAUGAAGAGUGAGAGUGUGAUGUUUUGUUUUGGUGAGAAACUAUAUUUGAGCUUCAUUAACUUUGUGUAGAUAUUGCUUCAAAAUAAGUAUUUAUAUUAAGAAAUGUGAACAGAUUCAGAUAUUGUGUUGAGUGGUUGCUUACACAUACGGUACAGUGUAUAAAAUGUUGACUAAAAUAUAAUACGUGUCAUCAAUAAAACUCU